AUGGCAAAAGAACUUCGUGACGGAGAACUUGAUAAAAUUGUCAAAACUACAACAGACAAACUUGUUUGUGUUGAUUUUGGAAAUCCUACAUGCCCACCGUGUAUUCGUGCAAAGCCAAUUUGGAAUUCAAUGGCAUCAAAGUACCCAACAUGUGCAUUUUAUUCAGUAGAAUGCCAGUCUUGCCCAGGUACAGCAUCAGAUUACCAAAUUCAUGCAACGCCAACCUUUGUUUUCAUUUUAAGAGGAAGAGAAGUAGGUCGAGUUCAAGGUUUCGAUCAAAAUCAGAUUGUUUCGAUAAUCGAGAAGUACAAACCAGCCGGAACAUUCUCUGGAAAGGGCCAUACUCUUGGAGAUUCGCCUGCUCCAAAUCAAGACGAUUAUUUAGCAAGAGUUCUUGCACAAGCACAAGAAGCUGCUAUGGCCAGAAACAAGCCUAAGCAACAAGCCCCUGAACAGUCAUGCUGCGAAGGCGGAAUUUGCAAGAUUCCUCCAAAGAAUAACAAACAUGAUGAGGAAUUAAAGCAAAUGCUUAAGGAGAUGGACUUUCCAGAUUACAUUUGCGAUGCAGCCAUCAAAGGUACAAACCAUGGAUCAAUAGAUGAUUGCGUUGCUUGGAUUGCUGAAAAUCAAGAUGAAGUUGAGAGACUUCAAUCGGUCAACAAGGUCCAACAAGACUCUGUUCCUGUUAAGGGUGAUGCCCCCGCUACACCAGCUCCUGCCGAAACCCCUGCUCCAGCUCCAGAGCCAAUUUCCCAGCCAGAAGAGAAAAUUGUCCUCUCAGCCGCCGGAGAAUCGAUGAAGAAUGACCUCGUUGAUAUGGGAAUUGAAGAAGAUCUCGCAAUUAAGGCUAUUGAUUAUUGCGAUGCAGAAUCCAUCGACAAAGCACUCGAUUACAUCUACAAAGUACAGAAUGGUGAACAAAUACCACCAAAGAAGAAGCAAAUGACCCAAGAACAGGCCAAAGCCUUUGUUGAACAGAUGAGAUUGAAAGCAAAGGCCGCUGAAGAGGCCAAGAACACUCCAGAGGCCCGCGCGAAGGCAGAGAUCGAGCGCAGAAAGCAACUCAAGGAAGAUGCAGAGCGCCAUGAAAUAAUGGAACAACAGAAGCGCGAAAAGGAGCGCAGACAGAUAGAACAACAACGUAUUCAAGAUAAACUCGAGUUAGAACGCGUAAAAGCUAGAAUUCGAGCACAAAGAGCCGAACAAGCCGGAAAUACUCAACAACAAGCAACUGUUCAGCCUGUUCAACAAACACAUGUAUCAACAAAGGCUCCAGCUACAGAAGCAACAAUACAAUUCGUUUUACCUGAUAAUACAAAGAAAGUCAUCAAAUUCCCACUUGAUGCAACGAUUUCUGAUGUCGAAAAGAAGGUAAAGAGCGAAAUACCACAACUUGCUUCUAGAAUUAUUCAGUUUGAAACAGUUAUUCCUCGAAUUUUGAUUCCAAAGUCGGAUUACGGAAAGACAUUGACAGAUUUGCACCUCACUCCACGCUCUCAGCUUUGUGUUAAGUACUAA